CGCAAACUCGACAGGAGAAACACAUACACACGGGUGGUAUGAAUUAGUCACGGUUCGAGGAUCGAACUGAUAGAACUGGUAUCAACUCACUGAUUUCAGGUUGGUACAAUUCCGUGUAGUUUUCCCGCGUUUCUAUCAGCGCCAACGUCAACGUGCUUGUUCAACGGCAGCGCGUGUCGCGUGGUGCAACGUGCAACAAUAGAAAAUACAACGGAUCGCUAUUGUAUUCAUAAUUAUAAUACAGUGUAGUAGCGUAGAUUACAGUGUCGCGAAUCGUACUAUUCCUAUUUAUAACGUAAACUGAUUGGUUCGUUUUAUACUGUGCUCUUUAAUUUCUAAUUUACGCUUGUCAACGCAAUAAUCCAAAUUAGGAAUGGCUAUAAAGUGGUUAUGAUACGUUAAGUCGUUAUUUGCAUUAAAUGGGCGAGUAAUCGAUCCGAGCAUUCGACUGUUGAGAAAGAAACAUCGACGAUUAACAAGAAAUAUAAAAUUGAAAGUGUGAUUAGACAACUUGAACGGGAUGUCUUUGUUCGAUUUGAAUGAAAUUGGGAAUCAGUUGAGGAAGGUCGCCCAGAGCGAUGAUGCCGGCACCGGUGUGUCUUUCGCAAACAAAUCGCUGAAGCUUGAUACCGAACAAGACGCGUUGACGAUCGUUGAAGCAAUACGAACAUGCCCAAAUCUCGAGUACCUGGAUUUGGAAGGAAAUACAUUAGGACCGCACGCUGCCAAAGCUGUGGCCAAGGCACUUAAAGACAAUGGUUCCACGUUGAAACGUGCUCUAUGGAAGGAUAUGUUUACUGGCCGUUUAAAGUCGGAAAUACCUAAAUCUCUCGAAUAUCUUGGCAAUGCUCUGUGUACCGCGGGCACUCGUCUUUACGAACUUGAUUUGAGUGACAACGCUUUCGGUCCUAUCGGAAUCCAGGGAUUGGCAAAUUUUCUAACAUCUGAUACGUGCUAUUCUCUCCGUGUGUUAAGAUUAAAUAACAAUGGACUCGGAAUAUGUGGUGGCGAAAUGUUGGCAAAAGCAUUGUCAGAUUGUUACGACAACAGUUGUCGAGCAGGAUCUCCUCCUUUGGCAUUGAAAGUAUUCGUUGCUGGAAGAAACAGACUAGAGAACGAUGGUGCCAAAGCUCUGGCAUCAGUUUUCCAGAAAUUAACCACGUUGGAAGAAGUGGUUAUGCCUCAGAAUGGUAUAUGUCACCCAGGCAUAACGGCGCUUGCCAAUGGGUUGUCUUCUAACCCUGGACUACGAAUUUUAAAUCUCAACGAUAACACAGUGGGUUUUAAGGGAGCUCAAGCGAUCGCCAAAGCGUUACCGAAUUUCAAAAAUUUGGAGCAACUUAAUCUCGGCGAUUGUCUACUGAAAACUAAAGGGAGCAUCGCAUUGACGCAAGCGUUGGGAGUUGAGGGCAAUUACCCGUUACUUGCCGAACUUAAUUUGAGUUUUAACGAAAUCCGCUCGAGAGGCGCCAUUCUCAUAGCCAACGCUAUGGCUGAUAAGCAGCAAUUGGUAUCUUUACAAUUGGACGGAAACGUCUUUGGCAAAACGGGUCGUGCUGCUUUGCGUGACUCCCUUCGAAUGUCCGGAAGGAUUGACUCGUUGGGUACGCUCGACGAAGACGAGAGCGGCAAUGAAAACGAGACGGACGAAAACGAGGAGGGAUUGGAAGAAAACGAAGACGAGGAACAGGAGGAGGAAGAGCUUGAUGAGGAAGAGGAUGAAUACGAGGAUGAAGACGAGGACGAGAACGAUGAUGUAGAACUGGGAGUGAUGGAGGAAGAGGAGAGGGUGGUGGUACUGGGAGAAGAGCGAAACGACAGGAAAGGAAAUAGUGGCAGAAUCGCGAAUGGUAAUGUCACACGAUCGGCCACGGUAUCCGUAGUGGAAUUUUUAAAAUCACCAACGGGAGAAAAGUUGUUACUAUUGGAAAAGAACGCCGUGGAGGAGUUUGUAAAUGAAGCCAAGAAUCUGUCAAAAAAUGCCGAUGCAUCAUCGGAAUUAAGGUUCGUGGAAGAAUUUACGAAAAUUGUUAUGAAGGUAUCGGCAUUCAGUACGAGCGGUUACGUCGAUAUCAGGACGAAGGCUAAUCAUCUCACAGAUGCCCUGUAUUUCAAGUUAUGUUCCUUCGCAGUGGAAAAUGAUCAGACUUCGGUCUGGAAUAACGCUUUACUGGUUAACUUAGGUUUAAUAAAGGCCGAAGAUAAAAAAAGUGGGAAGAUCGACUGGAAUCUGGAAGGUUGUUUCAAAGCUUUGGAAAUGGUUAGUCAAAAAGAUUAUUUUCUAGAAGAAACACGAAACACAUUGAAAUUGUUUUUGGAAAAGCCAGUUAAAACGAGUAGAACGAAAGUUGGCAUAGAUUCGUUUCAGGAUAUAAAAGAUUCCCUUAAAGCUGUAUUAAGUCAUACACAAAGCAUAAGUAAUAAUUAUUGAACAUUUUCUUGGACGCACAAUAAUCGUUUUAUACAACAUCGAUACGUCGAAUAUAAAUAAAAUGAAUUUUUUUUCA